CACAGCUUGGAUCGAAUCCAGUCUUCUCCAUUUCAGUGGACCUUCGGCAAGGUCCCAUUGUUUUCAACCGAAACAAUAGGUAAUAAUUAAGUGCGCAGUAUCUAUCAUUAAACAUUUAAAAGGGUUGAAUCUGCACGCUUUUGAUAAAAAAGGUCUAGUCAUUAAUUGAUUUUAGUAGAGUUGACUAGUUGAGCACUUGAGUAUAGUAUUUAUUUGUUAGUUCUUAAUUGCAUUAUUAGAACAUUCUAUACAUUGAAUAUCUUUAUAUGCAUGCAAUGGAACCAAGUUGUAACAUGGCAUGGACGGUUGCAGCAAUGGGAAAAUGGAAGAGGGAGGUUAUAGUGAUGAUGUUGUUGUUAUUGAUAUCGACGACAAUUGCCAAGGAAGUGAGAAAGGCGAAAGGAGGGAGGCAUAGAAAGCGGCAUUCAGCAACAGGAGGCCAAGCAAUAAUAAACGGGACAAGUAGUAAUAGUAGUGAAGCCUACUGCCUUAGCUGGAGGAUGGCCGUCGAAGCUAACAACAUGAGAGGUUGGAGAACCAUCCCUACUGAGUGUUGGCGCCAUGUACAGGGCUACAUGGUGGGAGGCCAAUAUUACCGCGAUAUUAACUUGAUUAUUGACCAAAUUUAUGGUUAUUUGGAUGGCGUUACUCCCCUUGGUGAUGGGUUUGAUGCUUGGAUCUUUGAUGUCGACGACACUUGCCUCUCCAACCUCUAUUACUAUCGAGCCAAGCGCUUUGGGUGUGAUCCAUAUAAUCCAACGGAGUUUAAAACGUGGGCUUCUAAAGGAGAGAGUCCAGCCAUUCCCGCCGUGUUGGAUUUGUUUAACAAAUUAAUUCAAGUUGGAUUUAAGGUCAUCUUAUUGACUGGGAGAGAUCAAGAGACCCUUGGCGAAGCUACUGUUGAUAAUUUACUAAAUCAAGGUUUUGUUGGCUAUGAACGCCUCAUAAUGAGGUCGCCGGAGUAUAGAGGACAGAGUGCAGUCAUGUACAAGUCUGAGAUUCGCCGACAAAUAAUGGAGCAAGGGUAUAGGAUUUGGGGAAAUGUAGGAGACCAAUGGAGUGAUCUUCAAGGCAAUUUUAGUGGUGAUCGAACAUUUAAAUUUCCCAAUCCUAUGUACUUUGUUCCCUGAUCAAUUUUAGUAAUGUUUAGAGAUGUGCUAAUUUCCUAAUUCCUACAUGUAUGUAAAUUUGGAACAUUUGAAAUGUAACUAUUUAAAAGCUUAAUUUGAAUGGAGAAUUACAUCUAA